AUGCAGGAUACAUCUUCAACGCCUCCGACAUUAACGGAAAACUUUAACAUGAAACUAAGAUCUACGUCGCCUAUGUCCGACGUUACCGCUGCGCACGAUGCUUCAUAUUCAUCACUGCUAUUGAAAAAGAAACUAGCAAUGUCUGAAAAUUCAGCGGCAGCAAUGAAAACAGAAAGAGACAUGGCACACGAGACGAAUAGUUCAUGUAUUGGUGUAAUCAGACCUUCAAGUAUGACUUUAUCAAUCAAUGAGAAUGAACCUGUCAAAAGUGUUGGUCGACGUCGUAAACCACUUCGACCUUGGUCUUUGUCUGCACGCGUUGAACGUCCGAAUUCAACUAUUCAGUCCAAUAACGACCAUAUUGAACCUAUCAGUGAUACUGAUGAUCAAUCAGAAACCAAAUAUUCACCCAUAAGUAACAAUACAACGAAUAGUAAUGUCGAUGAAGACUCAUCGAUUAAUGAAUGGCCAAAACAAUUAUCAACCAUCGAGGAAAUUUUAAAACUCUACCGCGUGGAAACGAACGGCUCUGUUGAAUGCAUUCGAUGUGGUUGCAAAGCCAAUCAAGACAAUCUACUUGAACAUGUUUCUGAACACUAUCCAUAUAAAUGCUAUUCAUGCGGAUUCUAUACUGAUUCACUUUCGAUUCUUGAUGAACACAAUCAAACUCAUACGUCUAAUCAUCAAUCAACUGAACAGCAAUCGUUUCCUGUUCCAACAUCACACACAACUGCGAUGAAAUCCUCAGAGCCAUCGAAUGGGACUACCAAUGAAAAGUCGACUCCAGCAAGUAAAACUAAAGUUCAUCGAUGUCGUCAAUGUUCAUUUGUGUCUAGUGUUAAAGAGGACUAUUGGGCACAUCAUCGCGUUCACAUUCGAGCCGAUAAAAUUCUCGAAUGUCCAAGCUGUCCAUUUGUAACAGAAUACAAACAUCAUCUCGAAUAUCAUCUACGUAAUCAUCUCGGUUCAAAACCAUUCAAAUGUUCAAAAUGUGAUUAUGCGUGCGUGAAUCUAUCCAUGUUACGUUCACACAAGAAAUCCCAUUUUCGUCAUUUGUUGUUCAAAUGUUCGAAUUGUUCAUUCGAAUCAAAACAAUAUCAAGCUUUACAAGAACAUCUGCAAACCGAAGGACAUGAAGCAUAUGUCGAUGAAAAUAUCGAAGAAUUUCUUAAGGAAUAUUCCAGUGGCAAUCUCAGUUCAUUGAAUCUAACGUCAAAUAAUAGUAAUGCAUUAUCAUCAACACCACCAACACUUGUGCCGAAUUCGACACAAAAAGCGAAUACACGUCCAUCGAGAUCGAAAAAGCGCAAAUCAAUGUCGAAUACAUCUCUUCCGGCACAAGUGAAACGCACAUCAUCGGUGUCAUCGGAAGAUUCUUCAACAGGUGCUUUGUCAAGCGAUGAACACCAGACGGAUGCAGCAUCGAUGUCACUUGCUUGUAGUUUAUGUGAUUUCGUCGCAGUAUCCAAAGAAGGACUCGGUGUACAUCUGUUUCAACAUGCUUGUAAAAAAAGUGAUCUACUCAACCGAUCGAUGUUAACGAACAUGUCACUCGAUCCAACGACAAAAUUACUAGAGUUAUUCAAUGGUAAAAUCGGACCAUUUGCCGCCAAUACGAAUGGAGUUUCUCCUCAAUUAAAUGAUUUUCUCGGUCCAUACCAGCAAUUUCUAACCCAACAACUCCAAUCACAUUUGACAUCGACAUCAUCAAAUAUGCAUAGUUAUCAACUUGAUAGCAAUAACAAUCAUGCUUUACCACCGGCAGCUUUACUCAACGGUAAUUAUUCUCUAUUAUCGUCAUGUAUAAAAACUGAUACGAACGAGAAUAUUUUUCCUUCGGCUAAACGACAACGAAAAGAUCACUCGACUGAUAGUGAUCACAGUGAACGAAAUUUGAAUUCAAUCGAUCAACAAACUCAAGUCGAUGAAUGGCAAAUCAAACGCUUGUUCGAAUGUGUACAUUGCGAAAUGAUUUUCAAAGACUUUGCCAUGUACUGUACACAUAAACAGCUUCAUUAUUCACCUGAAAAUCCAUUUCGAUGUGCGCAAUGCGGUGAACAAAAGACAAGCAAAUAUGACUUUUUCGUUCAUGUUGCUCAGCAAGCUCAUGAUCUUACUUGA